AUGGCGGACGGUUCAAACGGCAAGAAGUUUUUGAAUGUGAGCAAAGCAAUGUGGGACAUCGUUGACAAGUUCUUCGACCCAGCGACGGUGCUCACGCAGCGCGGGUACGAGCUCAUCCAAACGUACAGCAUCAGGGCUGCACACCCUGUGCUUCCUUACGUCAUGCAUUUUCUUGCAAUGAUGUGCGCCCUUAGCAACGGCGCCAAAAGCGCGUGGUUCCCCCGCGCUCACAGCCCCAUGUUCUUGAUGGUCCUGAACGUGAAUUUCGCCCAGACGAGAAAGUCAUCCAUCACUGGGAACGGCGACAGCUUCGGGGACAAGCUGGACCAGGUCGCUCGGGAUGUUGUGGCGCAGAAAGUCCUGGCAGCAGCGUCCGUCGUAGGAGAUAUGCAGGGGGCACCACCACGUGAUGAAGGGGGCCGUCGUCGUCGGAAUCCUGACGCCGCGGACCCCAGUGGUGCAGCGGAUCCCCCGCGGCAGCCGCAAGUUGCGUCCUGCGUCCUGCACACGGCGACGCCAACAGAAUUCUUCCACCGUUGCGCCGGGGACUACCAGCAGGUCCUAGACGCGGAGAACUUCCCCGGCGUGGAUCUGCGAGGCCGUCACGUGUACGGCGUCUUGGUGAACCCUGACGAGGCAUACGACAUGCUCACGAGUUUCAACUUCAUGGACGAGCAGAAGGCGGGGAAGAAGCAGACCACUGUGAAUGCCUUCCAAAGUGCGUUUAACAAGUUGGCGCAAUAUGGGCAAGCAUCCAGGGCGACCAAGACUGCCGGCUCCUACGGCCGGGUGGACGCGCCUACAGUGUCUGUGGAAAUUUCAGGAAAUGUACACUUCUCGACGUACGUGCCCAUGGAGCGCGGGGAGACAGGGUCGCACCACACUGCCGCGAAAGAGAGGAUUCUCAUCAGCACAGGGCGCCCUGUGCAGCCGCACGCCCCCUUGCCAGACACGUACGCAAUGCCCGCGGGCACUUUGCGGCACAAGUGGGUCCCUCUGGUGGCCGAAGUGGCAGAUGCGCUCGAGCUGGUGGCCGGUUCGGCGUCCCCCGACCAGGCCGCCCGCGUGUGGGCCAGGGCCGCCAGGCCGCGCGAGGACGACGCCGCUUCCUCUGAGACGGUCGACGGGAAGGUGUACGUUCCCGACGCCGAGGGCUUCUCGGUAACCUUGCCAGAUGGCGUGCAGACACAGGUCCGCUUCCAGCGGGACGCCUCGGCGCCCACGGGGUUUCGCCCGGAAUGGUUGGUCGCCAACAGAUCUUUCCCGAUGCCCGCGCACCACUCGCUAGAGACGUGCGUGCCCCGCGUGACCACGUAUUUCGAGAAGCCGCACGUAGUGUUGGAGCCGACCGUGGAAGCGCUCGCCCUGCACCAAUCGUACCAGGGGGCGUUCAAUGUGAUGUGCUAUAAGCAGCGAGAGGCGGGCCGCGAGUACGCCGGGGCCGCGCUGGGUGCGGCGCCGUGGCACUUGGGGGAGUUGGCGUCGGCGCUGUGCAUAUUCAAGUGGCUUACGCAACCGGGGGUCGGCGGAUUCGACAUCUUCUGCGGCAGGUACGACGACACCGAGGAGUACACCUCGAGGAAGAUUGCACCGCAGGAGGAGCACGUCGAGCGCGCGGCCUCCCUGUUGAAAGUGGUCCACUUGUUGAAGGUAGCCGCAGCGAGCACGGAGGAGGAACCGGAGCCAGCGGCAGCGGAUGCAGACACAGCGGAGCAGCGCCGGGUGGAGCUCGCUGCGUUCAUCGCGUCCUCGCAGGGCGCGUUCGACGGCUUGUGGUCCGCGAGCCAGCACGCGCGCGCGGAUCGCCCGCCCGUGGAUGCACCUCCUGCUGCCAGCGAAGCCAGCGCCCACGGCGGCGUCUCCAGGGGCGGGGCAAGGGAGGGGGAGCUUGCGGGAGAUGACGACGCCGUGUCUCUCGCGAACUCACGGGAGGAGCCCGGGUCCCCUGGCGGCGAGAUUGGCGACGUGAGCGCCGACGAGGCGUCUGCCCAGGCGGCCCGUGAGGGCGCCCCCGGGGGUGGCCCAACGAGCGGCCCUGGCAUCCUGGUGUUGGAGGACGUGAAAGGGCUGGACUUCGGCUACGGGGCCGAUGGGAGCAGCGUUCAAGACGGCCCCUUCCACGCCGCGGGCCUCACCGACCGCAACAUCAUGCGGAGGACGCUGCUCGUAGGCACCCCGACCGUCACCAUGCGCGCCGCUUGCGAGCGGAUGAAGUCAUCGAGGAGGGGAGGCCAGCGGCCGAAGCACCUCCCAGAGCAGACGUGGCUGCGCGUGAUGGAGGCUGGGCUGCAGGGGAGCCCUGUGGCGCGCCUGGAUGGUCGCGAGAUCCAUGUCGCGCGCAUCCCCGGGGGCCAGGCGGACCGGGUGGCUUACCACAAUGCUUUGAUGCGCUUGUGCGCCCUUCCACUGCGAGACCUUGUGGAGGCCAUGAGGAAGGCAAAGGAGAACAGCGAUCGGAGGGAGCGCGGUCGGGCAGAGGCAGUCCGUGCUCGCAGUCGCAGCCAGCGGAGGGAGUCAUGA